UUUUGUAUAUUUGAAUUUAUUUUCUGUGCCAUAGAUAUAUUUUUAAAAUGCAAAGUAACAAAUUCAAAUUAUUAAUACCUAAUUUUAAAAUAAUUUUUUAAUUGACUUCUCUCAAAUCAAUCUUAUACUGAUGUGAAAUAAUUUCUAAAUUAAUUAAAGCACAAUAACUGUGACAUGGUGGACCUGCAAGAUAACAUCGAUUUUCAAAGAGACAGAUUUCCUUUCUGUAUAGUGUGGACACCAAUACCAGUUUUAACUUGGUUUUUUCCAAUAAUUGGCCAUAUGGGAAUAGCCCUAUCUUCGGGGGUAAUUAGAGAUUUUGCUGGACCAUAUUAUGUUUCAGAAGAUAACAUGGCUUUUGGACGACCCACCAAAUAUUGGCAAUUAUCACCAUCUUUAGCAAUGGGAGGAGGAUCAGGCUGGGAUGAAGCAGUUACAAAAGCUUCUGAGAUAUAUAAAAGCAGAAUGCAUAAUUUAUUGUGUGACAAUUGUCAUUCUCAUGUUGCUACUGCUUUAAAUUUAAUGCAUUAUGAUGGAUCCAGGAAGUGGAAUAUGGUCAAACUAGCAAUGCUGAUAACAUAUCAUGGAAAAUAUAUUUCACUUGUUGGAUAUUUAAGAACAUGGGCCCCAAUGUAUGCUUUAAUUUUACUUAUUGUUUUAGUUAUUACAUUAUGUUAAAAUACUGAAACAAAUUAAACACUUAAUUCACUUAAAAAUAUUUGUAAUGAUAGAGCACCGGGCUCUUCUAAAAACAACUUUACCAUUUUUCUGUGAAUUAUACUGCAUGUAGCUCUGCAAUUUGUUAGUUGCAUUCCUGUGAGGAACAUUAAAAAUUUCUUCAGGUC